AUGGCGACCACCUCUCCGAAAACCGCGCUGACCGAGCGUACAAACCUCAAACUUGCCACUCCAACCACGCUCACAUCGUGGCUCAAACGCCCUGCAAGCUCGACACUAGCUGACACCCCCGUCUCGAAAGCGCCGACGACGACGAUAACGCUCAACCAUGCCAGCAAAGAAGAUUUACACGUGUCGCCUCCAUUGCGGCGCGUCCAUUUCUAUCGACACUUCCUAUCCUCCGUUCUUUUGCGUCAUCAGUGCAUUCAGAUGUCUUUCGCUGUCACUCGGUCUUGGACGAGCCUUUCUUCGCUCCACCGUAUGCUUGCUCAUACACCCACGGCAAGAGCCCGUUCGGGCGGGAGUCCAAUCUUGGCUAUCGCAACGGAACAAGGCACAGUCCACACCGUCAACACGCAAGCGCGGAAGGCUUGGGAUCCUGAACCUGUGCACACGACACUCCAGCCUCAUAACAAUGGCAUCUUCGAUGUUAAGUGGAAUGCGACAGACAAUCUUCUGGCCACCGCCUCUGGGGACAGAACAGGACGCGUCUGCGAUGUAGAAACCUCGACCCCAAUUCACACCCUUGGCGGUCAUUUUAGCACUCUCAAAUGCGUGUCUUGGAACCCUCGAAAUCCAAAUCUCGUCAGCAGCGGAGGCAGAGAAGGCAUGAUAUGUGUUUGGGACAUUCGUGCUGGCGAAUCCCGAUCGAGCGACGCGGCUUUGUUGGCGGUACAAACUAUUUUGGCUGCUCAUGAAGAUAUCGGACCGACGGGGAAACGCAAAGAACCCAAGGGCAAACAUGCCAAUGCGCCUAGGACAGUGACGGGCCUCUCGUAUUCUGACAUGAAUGAAUUCCACUUGAUUACCAGUGGUUCAGCAGAUGGAAUUCUCCGUUGUUGGGAUCUCCGAACCACGAAGAAAGUGAAGGAGCCAGCUUGUGUUCUCUUUUCACCGCAAGAUGCCACACUUCAAACGACAUCAUCUCGACGACCGAGAGGAAUCAUCAGUCUUGCUCAAGGUUGCGGGCCAUCGGUCGGUUUAAUCUUCGCAUUAGCGGCCGAUGCUCGUAUCUACACUUUCGACCGCGAUUCAUUGACAGCAUAUGGACACACGUAUACCCACACGAAUCUGAGAACCAACUUUUAUGUGGGACUCUCUACGUCUCCUUGUGGCCGGUGGCUUGCCAGCGGAGGAGCCGGAAUACCCGGAAGUGGCUUCAUGUUCGAUGUCAGCAAUGCCACACGAGGACAGAUCGCUGAACCUGGUGUCGAGCUCAAAGGGUACACUGGAGAGUGUGGAGGAGUUGAUUGGGCAGAUGGAAUGCUCGCAACAGCCUGGGACGAUGGGGUCGUUCGUGUGUGGAGGCCAAGGGUCAAUGACGAGAUAGAGUAA